AUGGAACGUGCCAAAGCCCAGCCUCGUGAGCGCUCCGAGCCCUGUGCCAGGCGGUCCCAGCCCGGCUCGGGAGUGCCUGGCUUCCCUGGAGGGCCGUCCAGCGCCAGGAGGAGCCGGGGCCGGGACUGGAGGCCCGGAGGGGCAGGCCAGCCAGAGCAGACGGGGGCAGAGAUGCGGAAGAGCCGCGGUGCCGGGGCAAGGAGGCUGACGGUGGAGCACAUCACAGGAGGAGGAGACCUCUCAGCUCCCCUCUUCGGCUGUGAACUGGGGUGGCCGUGCCCCCUAAGUGGGGAGGGAGUGCCCCAGCCGGGGUACCCGGGCAGGGAGGUGGCUGCCCGGCUGGGUCUGCCCCUGGCCUGGCAGUGCCUGAUCGGCGAGGCUGCUGCCACCGGAUUCCAGUGGGGACACGUGGCACCUGUCUGGCUCACGACUCAGCGGAGCGCGGAAGAUGAGGAGGAGGCCGCCCGCGAGCGUCGCCGCCGGGCGAGGGACAGGGAGCUUCGGGAGGACGAGGACGGCGGCCAGUCCCCAGAGCCGCCGGAGCGGGAGAGCCUCCUCAGCCUGAAGCCCUCGGAGGCCCCUGAACUGGAUGAGGACGAGGGUUUCAGCGACUGGUCCCAGAAGCCAGAGCCACAGCGGCAGCCCUGGGAGGCCGGGGGGGCCUCCAACAGCGGGGAGCCCCCUCGGAGCGAGAGUCCGGAGGGGCAGCAGGAGGAGAACAGGCCCCAUCAGCAUGCCUACGGGAGCCAGGGUGGUGAUGAGCAGAGUCCAGCCAGAGUCAGCCUGGAGGAGUUGCAUCUGAGCCCCAGCUCAGAGCUCCAGGAUGGGCCGGAAACAGAGGAGACAGAGCCCAAGAGCCCAGAGGGGACCGUCCAGGGCAGCCUGGGGCCGGCAGAAGCCGAAGAGGCAGACGAGCAGCACCAGAAGCGCCAGCAGCCCAGGACGCCCAGCCCCCUGGUCUCGGAGGGUGCUACCGAACAGGGCUCACCUCCCCUGAGCCCCAGCACCAAACUCAUCGACAGAACUGAGUCCCUGAACCGCUCCAUCAGGAAGAGUAACAGUGUGAAGAAGUCCCAACCAGCCUUGCCCAUCUCCAAGAUUGAUGAGCGACUGGAGCAGUACACACAGGCCAUUGAGACUGCUGGCCGGACCCCCAAGCUAACCCGCCAGCCCUCCAUUGAGCUGCCCAGCAUGGCUGUGGCGAGCACCAAGAGCCGGUGGGAGACAGGAGAAGUGCAGGCUCAGUCCACUGCCAAGACCCCCUCUUGCAAGGACAUCGUAGCUGGAGACAUGAGCAAGAAAAGCCUCUGGGAGCAAAAAGGAGGCUCCAAGACGUCAUCGACAAUUAAGAGCACUCCGUCUGGAAAGAGGUACAAGUUUGUGGCCACCGGACAUGGGAAGUAUGAGAAGGUGCUUGUGGACGAGGGCUCGGUGCCCUAGGCUGCCCUUCUUGCUUUCCUGAGACUGCAGACAGCUCGGGCAGCACCCUCCGCCCUCGCAGGGGCGAGUCCAGCCAGACGCCCACCCCGGCCCUGCCAUGGGAGCCGCUGCCGUUGCCUGCCCGGCCUGCCCGCGCCCGGCCAACACCCACCACCAUCGCCGUCUCUCUACUCCUCGACCCCCCGACCGCUCUCCCCUCCCGCUCUCUGACCCCCACUCUACCUCGCACAGCAGGGGCAGGAAAGGGACUCUCACUGGUGAUUGACCAAAGGGGCCGCCCCCGCAGAGACCAAGAGUCCCCGAGGAAGGCCCAGCCUGGGCAGAGAGAGGACACGUGCUGGGGGACCUCCAGGUCGAGAGACACCAGCGCCUGCACCUCAUUCUCAGGCCCUGCCCCCUCCCUGCUCCCGGCUUGCAGCCUUGUCCUCCGUGUGCAAUAAAGCUCCUUGUGUGUUCCAA